UCCACACUUCCAGUUUGGAUUAGCCCAGCUGAUGAGCAGGGUGUCGUUCGGUGUGUGAUCUCGGUUGUGAUAAGUGUGUGAUGAUGUUGGUGUUGGUGUAAGAAUUCAAUUAGCUUCGGAUCGCAGAUAGAGGUCAACACAUUCAAGAUGGUCCUAGAAUUUUUGUCUAAGCGUUACUGGAAGCAGUUUCUUGCCAUCAAUGCUGUUCACAUCAUAACGAUUGGCUAUGGCGUAACGGUAGGAUGGACGGCACCAAUUAUCCCACUGCUCCAGUCGGCCGACACUCCACUCCCAGGGGGACCAAUUACGGUGGAACAAGUGUCCUGGGUUGGGUCGUUCUUCUCCAUCGGUGGCAUGUCGGGGACAAUUCUCUACGCCCUGAUUCACACCUAUUUCGGGAAGAAGACAGGACUGCUGAUGCUGGCGAUACCUCACCUUAUCCUUUGGAACCUACUGUGGAUGGGAGACAGCGUCUACUACAUCUACGCAGCAAGGUUUUUGGGAGGCCUUACCGGUGGUGGAAUUUUUGCCAUGGUGCCGCUGUAUGUCGCAGAUAUCGCCGAUAGAACAAUUCGAGGGUCGCUUGGUUCGUUAACGAUGCUACACAUAAACUUUGGUCUGCUGGCAUCGUACACUGCUGGAAAUUACCUUCCGUACUACCUCAUACCGAAAAUCAUGCUUUGCUUGCCGAUUGCCUUCCUUGCGAUGGUUUGUUUACUGCCCGAAACGCCGUACUGUUUGCUGCGGAAAGGAAAAGUUGUUGAAGCGGAAAAAUCACUCAUGUUCUAUCGCAACAUACCGGACGUGACGCGCAAAACACUUGCGUUCGAGUAUGAGUUCGAGAGUCUCAAAACAUUUACUCUAUCCGAAGUCAACAAGGAAAAGCUAUCGCUGGCAGAUUUCACGACCCCGGCAGCCAUCAAAGGACUUUUCAUUUCGAUCUUCGUCAUGGCUUUAAAUCAGUUUAGUGGAAUAUUCGCUAUACUCACGUAUGCUGGGAACAUAUUGGAGGCUUGCGGAACCAGCAUGGACAUCAAAUAUGUGCUUAUUUUGAUUGCACUAAUUAACAUCUGCGGAAACAUCACUUCGUUCAUUGUCGUUGAUAUGGCCGGUAGAAAGACGUUCCUGCUAAUAUCAACCAUCGGAGUGGGAGUGUCACUCGGCAUCCUUGGCUUGCAUUCGUACUUCUCCUACAAUGAUGACGGCUUCGUAAGCUACUCUUGGGUCCCAGUUUUGGCGCUGCUGGCCAACAUAUACUCAGCCGGGCUUGGCAUCACCAAUAUGGUUGGAUUCGUCAUUCCGGAAGUUCUUCCCGCAAAGAUUCGUGGCAUUGGAAGCACUAUCAGCGUGGUAUUGCUGUGCUUCUUCGCUUUCGUCAUAUUGAAGGUGUAUCCGAUAUUACUCGAGAGGAUUCACAUUUAUGGCACUAUGUGGAUUUCGUCUGGCGUGUGUGCUGUUGCGAUUUUGAUAAUCAUAUUCGUUAUGCCGGAAACUAAAGGGAAAAAUUUGAUUGCUGAGGAACCGACUGAGAAGCCAAGGACGAAUGCUUAUUAGGGUUAACUUAUUUCCAAAUCAUAGGCAGAAUAUAAAGCUAACGCGUGUUUUACUAAAUAAUGCUGGUAAAUAAAUAUUUACUUCCUUUGUUAUA